UGUUCUUCUUCCCUCCUCUCUCUCUCUCUCUCUAGAACCUUCCUUGUAACAGUUUCUCUCUCUACCUAUACAUACAUAUAUAUACACUGUAUAUGCAAUCUCUGUUUCUUCUUGUUUGAUUCUGAUUUCUAGUUGUUGUUGUUGUUUCGGUGCCCUUCUUCUUCUUUUUUUUUUUUUUUGAUUUUUUUAAUGGAGAUGAAAAUGGAGGAUUCGUGUUUGCUUUCGUUGAUUUCUGAGGUUUCUUCUGGAAGAUGCGCUGCUAAAAAUCGUGGAGUUACGCGGUUCACGAAGAUACCUAUAAUACCGAGUACGCCUCGAAGUUGUAAGUUUAGGGUUUGUUAAAUCUUUUGUUAGGGUUGAUCGCAUUUUACGUUUUAUCUGUUUUGUUUCGUACUGACUGAAGCUGAAUUUGAAGAUUUGGUGUGGAAUUUCGUAAAGGUUGUUGUGAAUUCUGAAUUCUCUGUUUGAUAAUUCUGCGUAAUUCGAGAAAAGUGGUUAUUUCGUUGUUGUAUUUCAUGCGAAAAUUCUGAAAAUUUUAGCCGCGUUUGGUGAUUUCUGUGAUUGUAUGGACAAUUUUGAAAAUCUGGUCAGAGAUCUGUUGGCUUUUGUUGUUCAGAGUACUGCUUGAAAGAUUAAGAGACUUUAAGAGACCUGUAGAUCAUUUUUAAGAAGUUGUUAUCUGAGUUGAAACUGGAAAAUUGAUUGAAUGGCGGGUAGGCAGUUAGAUUUCCCGAGGACGAGUGGUGGUAACUUGAAAGAGCAAUUAGUGAGGAGAACUUUGCAGAAUGUGAGGUCUCAAGGGCACAUAUAUGUUGAGCUUAGAGAGGAUGGGAAGAGGCUAGUCUUUUUCUGCACGCUAUGUCAUUCUCCAUGUUAUAGCGAUUCUGUUCUGUUUAAUCAUUUGAAAGGUAAUCUCCAUACUGAAAUGCUUGCUGCUGCUAAAGCCACAUUGUUGAAACCUAAUCCUUGGCCCUUCAAUGAUGGUGUACUUUUCUUUAAUGAUCCGGAGCAAGAUAAGCACUCACCUAAUGUGAAUGUUGGGAAAAGCAGACUGGUUGACACUUGUCUUGAAGAUGAAAGUAGCCUUGCUAUUGUUGAGUGUGAUGACAACUUGAGACAUAAUGGGGAUACAUAUGUUACCGAGUAUGAGUACUGCCUGCUGGAUAGUGAGUUAACUGGUAAUGGAGAGAGUGAGUACUUGGUUAUUCCGGGUGUGUUGUGUAAAGACGAGUUAUCUGAUCUAGAAGUGAAGCAUAUUGGUAUUGGAAAAAUUGCCGCUCGUAUUAGCGUACGUGGCAUUGACUCAAAAAAAAUUCGUAGAAUAUGGUGUGAAUGGUUGGUAAAGAAGGAUUCUGAUGAUAUGGAUACCUCUGUGGUUCCAGAUCAUGAUUUUGCGGUUGUUACAUUUCCUUAUAACUAUAAUUUGGGUAGGAAACCGUUACUUGAUGACAGAUUUUUGCUCCCUUCCAGUCCUUAUUCAGAAUCUGAGGAAACUAGUGGUACUAGAAAGAGGAAGAGGAAGUCAUUUUCAGACCCCGAGGAUUUCAGUGAGUCUCUUAGUAAUCAUUGUGAUUCGUCCGGGGAAGAAUCUCAAUCAACAAAUAACUCAAAUAUGAAACUGAUAUUGGGAACAUGUGAUGAUCAACUAGUGAGUUCAAGAAUUAUAUCCAGCAAAACUAUGAGGAGAGAGUUGAGGAAACAGCAGCGAGUGGCUUCCGAGAGAAUGUGUGAUAUCUGUCAACAGAAAAUGCUUCCUGGUAAGGAUGUGGCAACUCUUCUGAGCUGGAAAUCUGGAAAACUUAUGUGCAGCAGUAGAAAUAUGACAGGGGCAUUUCAUUUGUUUCACGUAUCUUGCCUCAUUCACUGGAUACUUCAAUGUGAAUUGCAAACCUAUGUGAAACCUGUUGACGAACCAAAAAUGGAAACAAAAGCAAAACGAAGAUCUAAGAGGAAGACUGGAACCAAACACAAUGCAAAAGAGAAGGAAGAUGAGAUAAAAUCAGCGAGACGGAUCAACUCAGUGUUCUGUCCAGAGUGCCAGGGCACUGGUAUCAUCAUUGAGGGAGAUGAGCUGGAGAAGCCUCCUGUCUCACUUUCUGAGGUGUACAGGCACAAAAUUAAACUGAGUGAUGCACGAAAAGCAUGGAUGAAGAAUCCUGAGGUGUUGCAAAAUUGCUCAACGGGUUUCGAUUUACCCCCUGAGCAUGAUGAUCUUCUCCAGGAAUAUGUAUCACCACUCAAAUUGCUGCACUUUUAUCGCGCCAAUGUUUGAAGCUGAGGCUAUAUUUUUGAUGUAUCACACUGACGAGCAUUCACAACUGUGAUAUGUGUGGAAUGAGUCUUUACUACUGUUAUAUGUAGAACUUAGUCUUUCCGUUGAUAUUAACCUUUUGUAAAUGUCAUGGGUCUGAUGAAACUAUUGGUUACUGUAGUAGUGUGUACAGACUUUAGAGAUGAAUGUGUAAUAUGAGAAGACAUGAUUUUCAAUUCAGAUGUACUCCUUAUUUGAUAAAGAUUCAUAUAUCA